UUCAUUAACGUAUAGUUCGUAAAGACUUGUUGAACCGUAUUGCAAUCGUUUUUAGUUUGUUGUUCUUUUGUUUCACGAGUUUAUCGAAACAAUUGCUAGUGUCGUGAAACAUUCUAUUUUUAUCAUCACUGUUCAACUUUGCUAUUUCCGCCGCCCUCGAAUGUUUUGACGCGUAGCUCAUCAACACGCGGCUCGAGUCCCAUCAAAAUUCGAAUUUACGCGCCUCUUGCAUGGCUUAUCUUGUCUCGUGCCCGAGUCAUAGCAAUUGUAGAAAUUGUAACACUGCGCAGACACUAUAACUAUAUCGUCUGCGCGCUUUCCGUGUGCGUGACUGUUUAGCGUGUGUUUUAACACUAAAAGAUUAUGUGUACCCACAUAGACUCGCGUGAUUCGACGUUGGUGUCUAGUCAAGUGGAUCCACGCGAUUUUUGACCGUGUGUUUUUGGAAUUUGAACUACAUUGACAUAGAGCCGAGCGCGAUGAGGUCGACCGAUGUGUUUUAACAUUGUCGAGAUUCGUCGCUUUUAUUAAGUAAUAUAACCUUCAAAAUCGAUAUGUAAAGUAUGAAUAAGUGACCGAAGAGAAAUUUUAUCACGUUUUUUUUUGCGAAAGAUUUGAAGCUCUUUCGAAACGCUCACGUGAACAAAUUACAAGCUUAAUCAGCACUUUUUCGCUUGUUUUUGAAGUGCCAUGGAUCACAGCGAAGAAAUUGAUAGCGCUCCGAUUCCCGAAAAUCAAAGGCGUGACAACUCGAAAAAUUACAUCCAAUGGAUCGCAACGAUAGGAACGCUAUCGUUGAUGAUCCAGGUCGGCAUACAGAUCGGCUGGGGAUCGCCCAACAUUCAACGCAUGCGACACAACAAUGAGACCACCACGCCUCUGCAUUACACGUUCCCCAUAACACUCGAGCAGAUAUCGUGGGUGGCGUCGCUCACCGGGCUCGGUGGCAUGGCCGGUGCGCCGAUCGGCGCCACCUGCGUCGCCUACCUCGGCAGCAAGAACACGAUCCUCGUCACGCUCAGCCUCAUGUGCGUCAAAUGGUUCACGUGGGUGUUCGCCUCGUCCGUCGAGUCGAUCUAUCUGUUUCGCAUAUUGGGCGGCGUCACCAACUCCAUGGCCUUCUGUUGUCACUCGCUGUACCUCGGCGAGGUGUCGAUGCCGAAAAUCCGCGGCACCCUCGUGUCCAUAGCGGCUGCGGGCUUCUCGUUCGGCAUAUUUUUCGGCAUCACCCUCGAGACCUAUAUGUCCACGCAGAUCACCACGCCGAUCUAUCUGGUGCCCUGCGCCCUGACCGUGGGCCUGUUCAUCUGGCUGCGAAGUACUCCCUAUCACGACGUCAAGGUCGGCAAGAUCGAUCGUGCCCGGGCGUCGAUCGCCGCGUACCUGCCGCAACUGCAGGUCGAGGAAAAGCUGGCCGAGGUGCAGGAAUACGUCCAGGCUAGCACAAGCAAGGUAUUCAGGGAAAAGCUUGCGGAUCUGUGGAAGCCGACCGAGAGAAAAUCGAUGCUGCUGAUCGUGCUGCUGUACGGCAUACCACACGCCAGCGGAGCCCUCGUAGUUUCCUACUAUAUGGCAACCAUCUUCGAGGACUCAAAGUCGACCCUGCUCGAUCCCAGCGACUCGGUGAUCGUCGUAAACGUCCUGGCGAUCGUGUUCUCGGCUCUGAUCGUCCGACUGAUCGAUCGAUUCGGUCGCAGGGCCCUGUACGUGGCCUCGAGCAUCGGCACAACCGUAGCCAUGAUCGGUCUCGGCGUGCAGUUCUACCUGGUCGAUCAAAAAGUCAACGCCGCCUAUCUGCAGUGGCUACCGAUCAUAUGUAUCCCGCUCUACGUGAUGAGCUACAACGUCGGCUACACCCCGGUGCCAGCCGCGGUACUGAGCGAGCUGUUCCCCAGCAACGUCAAGAGCGUCGCCUCGUGCAUAGCGAGCCUCUCGACGUCGCUGUUCGCUUUCGUCACGUCCAAGACCUACCAGAACAUCAUCAAUACGUUCGGCAUGAUGUACGCGUUCUGGUGGUACGGAUUCCUCUCGUUUCUGGCGACACCUGUUGCUCUGUUUCUGCUGCCAGACACGACCGGCAAAUCGUUUCUACAGAUUCAAUCUGAUCUCCGGAGGAAUCAAUAAUUUUCUAUUCUUUGUUGAUGCUGAACGUCAUAAAAAUGUCAAUCAUGUUAUUUUUAAUGUUUAUGUACGCCUGUAAUGGUAUGCUCUUGAGAUAUUGAAAUUGUUCAAAUCAUGUCAUCAUGUCAAAAUGACGUUUUGUCAUGAGUAACAUAUUUUUUAUUCAAACGACAUGAUUGGUGACUUUUUCAAAUCUUCGAAAAUUUUUAACGAAACUGAG